CGUCGCUCGGCCUCCCAUAAGCAAUCGCUGACAAUGGUCCAUAUGAAGAGACACGAAUGGACGACAGGACCAACCUUCUCGAUCGACGAUGUUAUCGACCCGGCAUUAUCAGGCAGCGACAGUCCUUCGGCUUCCGCCACAGCGCCGAAACGCAAGAGAGCAAGCAGACCUAAGGUCCGAACAGGAUGUAUCACUUGCAAAAUACGACGCGUAAAAUGCGACGAGACCAAGCCCGCGUGCACCCGCUGCACAAGCACAGGUCGUAAAUGCGACGGAUACGGGGGCGCCGCGCCGCCGCGCCCGAAGAAAUCGCCCUCGGCGCCAUCCUCCUCAUCACCAUCAUCAUCAUCCUCCUCAUCCGCCUCCCCGCCAGUAGUAUUAGGAGGCCCGCUAGCCCCCAACAACCUCCCCGCGGACCCGUACCUAGCCAAGCGGCACGAGCUAGCGCGGCACAGCUUCGCCGCGGCCUGCAGGGGUAACUCCUCGCUGCGGAUCCUGCGGCCGCUAGCCGCCGACAUCGAGGGCACGGAGCAGGAGCGGCAGUUCUUCCACCAGUUCCGGCGGGCGGCGGAAGCCGGGCUGGCCAUGCACGCGAGCAGCCUAGGGGCCGGGUUCUGGCGGCGCCUGGUGCCUUUAGUCGGGCAAUCUGACGCGGCGGUGCGGCACGCGCUCAUCGCGCUAGGCGCCGCGCACCAGAGCGCGCAGCUGCAGCAGGAGGAGCAGGCGUCUUACAUCUCGACGCCGCCGCCGGAAGACGCGAGCGCGUGCGCGGACCAGCUGGAGCUGUUCAUGAUCCAGCAGUACAACCUGUCCAUCUACCACCUGCAGCGGCACGUGCAGCCCGGCUCGCCGACGGAGAGCGUCGAGAUCACGCUGGUCUGCUGCCUGGUCUUCGUGUGCAUCGAGACGUCGCGCGGCAACGAGGCCGCGGCCCUGGCACACGUCGCGAACGGCCUCCAGAUCAUCAAGGCCCAGCCUCCCGACUCGGAAGUCGUGCAUUUUUCGCCGAGAUCUGGCGGAGAAAAGGCUAGAAAUAGCGGUGGUACUACGAGUGCCGCGUCGGCUAGCGGUUCCGCGCCGCGCAUAUCGCGUUCCGACUGGAGACAACUCCUCGACUUCUUCCUCGCCCUCGAACCCAGCGCCGCCACGUACGGCUUCACAAGUAGUCAGCCCCCGACUCCGCCGUGCCCAACUAUUGGCAUGUGGGAACCCCCGCUGGACUGUUUCGACGAGAUGUUGCCGCAGUGGGAGAUGGAGGCCGCGGACGUGAACGUAUAAGCUUAGGUCUGAAUAGAGCAGUAAUGAAAAAUGCU